AUAUUAAGAUGGCAUCAUAUGUUGCAUGGGAACCAAUUAAUACUGGUAUGAUUGAAUUAUCUGUUAAAGCUGAUUUAUACGCUCCUCCCACUCAUGAAGAUAUGUUUUUGAGAUGGUGGCUCCGUUUUAAACAUCACGUUCUUAAAAGUUCAAUUUAUGAUAACUAUGUGGUCUCCCGAUUAGUCGAAUACAUUCAUAAUCCAGAAAAUAUAAAUGUGGAAUUGUUGUUUAUACAUUUAACUGAUGUAGAUGAACAUGGUCAUGGAUAUGGUUUUGGUUCUCAACCAUAUUUAGACCAAAUAAAAAUUAUGGACUCCCAAAUCGCAACGAUACUUAAAGCUAUUGAAGAAGCUGGUUGGAAUGAUGAUUCUCUUAUAAUGAUGACAACUGAUCAUGGAGGUGUUGGAAAAGGACAUGGUGGAAGUAGUGAUCAAGAAGUUAAUGUGUUUUUAGCUGUUCGUGGUGUUGGAAUUGAACCAAAUUCGAAAAUUGAAAGUGAUGUGAAAAAUAUGGAUUGCGCAGCUCUGGCUCUUUAUGCAUUGGGGAAAGAUAUCCCUGAAUGGUUUGAUGCAAAAUUGCCCACUGAAUUUCUUCGUAGUUCUUAG